AAUACAAGAAGCAUUAACGCUUACCAGUUAAUAUAGAGAGGGUUAACAUCGACGAGAAUACAUUCAUCCACAGAGAUUUUUAGAGCGAGAAAACAAAAGAGAAAAUCAAUGGCGUCGGCUCUAUCCAAAUGGCUGGUCGAUCCGAAAAGAAACCCGCUCGCCGCGAUGCACAUGAAAGCGGUGUCCACUCGCCUUCGGAGAUUCGGUCUUCGGUAUGACGAUUUAUUCGACCCGAUGUACGAGCUGGAUGUGAAGGAGGCGCUGGAUCGUCUCCCAAGAGAGAUCGUGGAUGCCAGGAACCAGCGGCUGAAGCGCGCAAUGGACCUUUCUAUGAAGCACGAGUACCUUCCUGAAGAUCUACAGGCUAUGCAGACACCAUUUCGGAGCUACCUACAGGAUAUGCUCGCUCUUGUCAAGAGAGAGCAAGCUGAACGCGAAGCACUCGGAGCUUUACCCCUUUACCAGCGCACCCUCCCCUGAGCGGAUAUUUCUUGCUGCUCAGGGCCCUUGAACUGAAUUACGUAUAAUUGAACUAGUAAAAGUGAUCCUGAUCUUCUCCCUCUUUGAGGACAGUAAUGUCUGUUGACUUCUAAUAAGAGAUUCAGUUUUUUGCUACUCGUUAUCAACAUAUAAUGGGAAUAUAUGUGCUGCUGGUUGUGUUUGUUUCUUAAUAAUAGGAUUGGUGUCAAAUGCGUUGAUUCUUGUUCUAUUCAUAAAAUCUGACAACUUCAUCUUUGGAUUGUCUAUGAAAUCGGUGAUUUUAAUUAUA